CCGCACUGGCCAAGGCUCGACAAAUUCAUAGUUCAGACUCGUCCGUUGGAAAAACAAAAGGAAAGAAAGAGAAGUGUUCACGCUUCAGACUCAGCAGGGAGGAAGAUAUCGAACUGAGCGCGAUGUCUAACAGCACAGAGAAAUGCGUCAGCAUCGUGCUUGCCAUCAUCCUCCCUCCUCUUGGGGUCUUGCUCAAGUUCGGAUGCCAGACCGAGUUCUGGCUCUGCCUCUUGCUCACCUUAUUUGGCUAUCUUCCGGGGAUCAUCUACGCGGUCUACGUUCUCACCAAGUAAAUUUACCAACCCAAUAUAGACACAUGCUGCUGGAAGCAAGGAACUGUGCAGGUCCGAUUAAUGUAGGCUUAAGAUCAAAUCCGUAUAGGAGUUUAUUUUCGGUUCAAGUCCUAGUCGGUUUACGAGUUGUUUUUCUAGUCGUAUUCAGCUAGAGUAGUACUUGUUUGAUUCGGUCUGCAGCUGGCCGUGUAUAAAAGGAUGGGCAUACGUGUUCUGUAAGCUCAAUCCUAGAGAAAAUAAGAAAUAGAAAAAGGCAAGGCUUGACACGA